AUGGCGACGCCGCGGAAAGCGGUUGUGGAUCGCUGGCGUUGCUGGAGCCAGUUAGUCUUGGCAGCCAUUGUGAGCGGCCAGCGCAGCCCGCUCGGCUGGGCGAUGGGCAGCUCGCAGCGGCUUGCUGCUGUCGCGGCGGUCUCUCACGCAAAACAAUACUACAACCACACGCAACCGAGCGUAAUUCAAACCGAAUCGACGCAUUACAACAUCAAUAUAUUUUUCGUUAGUGCUACGCUUUGCGGUGUACUCGUAGCGGUGUGCGCGGCGUGCUGUCGUAGACCCAGUGCUACGGACAAGCCGGAGGAGGUCACGGAAUGUAGAGGUGUCUACACGGUCAGUGGGGAUUCGAGGUUGAAUCAGGUUCAACAAGAAGAUGUACCGGGUCCUCCGCCAGCGUACGACCUGGUAGUCGCAGAUUCUUCUCACAAGGAUUGUGAUACGUUACAGGAUGUCGUGUCGGAGGGCUGUCCCCGCUGUCUCAAAACGGGAGCGGACAGCGAACUGCCGUCGUAUGAAGCGGCGAUACAGCUAAAGGACACUAGAUUAUAA